UUGUCAGUCGCAGUCGGAAGCGCGACGCGCACCGCAAAAGAUCUAAGCGUCGGGAAGCGCCAAAAAGCGGGAAAACAAUCUAAAUAACAAAUAAAAAUAUCAACAAUUUGAAUAAUAGUGACAAUUGUUUCAAAUUAUCCAAGAAUUAUUAAAAAACACAUUUAUUCUAAGAAAAUUCGAAUCAAUUUUCAAAAAUCACUAAAAAUUGAAUAAACUUUGUUUUCACCAGUAAAAACUUUUAUAAACUCUUGCAAAUAACUUUAAAAGUAAUAAUACAUAAGUGACAGUUGUUUAUAAUAAGUUUUUCUUGCAAAAAGCAACGAAAUACGUAAAUUUUGUAUGUUUUUCCUCAAAUUCUCAACAAAAAUGAAGAAAACUUUGACUAAAACUUGAUACAAAUAAACUUUAUGAACACAUAUUAGUUUAUUAAUACAUUAACGAAGAAUAUUAAUAUUAAAAUAGUGAAAAUGUGGAUUAUUUGUGUGGUUAUCACGUGCUUUCUGGCGGUUUUGCCGGGCAAAAGUGUUGGAAUUCUGAACGGCGGCACAGUUUACGGAGGUGGCGCCAUCAUCGACAGCGGAGUGACAGGCGGGGGCGGAGUCUCCGCACCGAGAUUCAUCUCCAGAGGCAAUACUUUCCGCGCUGUGGCUGGUGACAGUGUUACACUGCCUUGCGAAGUCCAAAAUCUUGGUUCAUUUGUGAUUGUCUGGAGAAGAGGUGCUGCCCUCUUGAGUGCAGGCCAACAAAUGAUCUCACGUGACACACGAUUAUCACUAAGCGGAUAUAAUCUACAGAUUAGAGACAUUCAACAUUCCGAUCAGGGUGAUUACACGUGUCAAAUCGGUGAUGGAUCCCCCGGGGACUUGAUACAUACCAUCGAGAUAUUAAUGCCACCCAGUAUACAAAUGGUCCCGGCGAAUGGUCAAACCACUACCCGCAAAGGGGGACCUGUGUCUUUCGAAUGCAGGACUACUGGUAAUCCUAAUCCUGUUGUACAAUGGUCAAAAAGGGAUGGUGUGUUACCAACUGGGAUGCAAGUCCAAAGCGGGUAUCUAUUAUCCCUCUCAGAUGUACAGCGUCAACAUGCAGGGGUUUACCAAUGUACAGCUUCCAAUGGGAUUGGACAACCUGUCACAGCAGAAAUAGAACUUCAUGUCCUCUAUCCACCGGAAGUCAAUGUUUUACGUUCAUGGGUCAACGCUGGUGAAGGUCUGGAAGCACGUCUUGAUUGUGUGGUCCAUGCUGACCCUCCUGCAGAGGUCACAUGGUACCAGAACUCAUUCCUUCUACAACCUACAGAUCGUAGGGUUAUGUCCCAUCAAGGACAAACGCAUACAUUGAAUAUACGUAACAUACAAUUAUCUGAUUUUGGUAACUACAGCUGUGUUGUGGUUAAUAGCAUCGGAAAGGAAAAGAAAUUCAUUGAGUUAUCCGGAAAACUGGGUCCUCCUGCUAUCACAAGCUCGCAGUAUUCUAUGCCGCAUGAAUAUAACCUUACUUGGAAUGUGCAGAGUGUGUUUCCUAUCAUGGAGGUUAGGAUAUUAUAUAGGAUGAUACAGAUUAAUUCUACUUACCACCACCCUGGUCAAUGGCAUGAUUUACUAGUACGUCCACAUCAGUCUUUCAACCCCUCAACAUCUGAGCGUUCGCAAAGUUAUCAACUGCGUAAUCUACAAGCAGAGUCUGUGUAUGAAUGUCUGGUGCAGACGAAGAACCAACAUGGUUUCGGGGAGUUGUCUGACUUGCAUCAGUGGUUCACUUCUCAGAAGGGUAGGCCCUUUGUGUCGGCCAAUACCGCGUCCUCUUUUAAUAUUAAAAAUAAUUUGAUUGGUGUUAUUUUAAGCUGUGUUUUAUUGAUUUUUAUCCAUGGCACAUAAUAUUUUAUUUAAGUAUUUAACUGUAUGUAUUUUUAUAUAUUUUAAUAUACCCUGUAUAUUAUGUUUUUGAGCACAUGAUGAUUGUAUGAUUCGAUUGAUGAGUUAAUGUGAAAUGAAAUGAAAUGAAAUUCAAGUCUGCCUUUGAUAAGAAUAAAUAAUUAUUAAACUAUA